AUGAGAUUCUCUACCAUCACCGCAUGUCUGACGGCAUGCCUGGCCCCAGCGGCGGCUUUGAGCGUUCUCAAUGGCAAGGCUCCCGAUGUUACUAUCAGCGACGACCUCAAGAUUCCCGGCGACUCUCCCCUUGAACUGUGCCCUGGAGACCAUACUGCCGACCUGAUCAGGAUUGACAAGGUCGACCUUGCUCCUAACCCCCCCAAAGCCGGCCAGGAACUCUUGAUCAAGGCUAAGGGAAUAGUCAAGCAGAAGAUUGAGCAGGAUGCUUAUGUUCUUCUGACUGUCAAGUAUGGACUUAUUCGCCUUAUUAGCACCAAGGCCGAUCUGUGCGAGCAGAUUGGCAAUGUCGACCUGAAGUGUCCCGUCGAGGCUGGUGAAGUCGAGAUCACCAAGACUGUAGACCUUCCUGCCGAGAUCCCUCCGGGCAAAUAUACUGUUCUAGCCGACGUCUUCACCGCCGAUGAUGUGCAAAUUACCUGUCUCACGGCAACUGUCACUUUCUCUCGUAGCAGCAAGGGCUUUUUCGGCAGCGAUCUGUAA